AUGGUUCUCCUUUGUCUUUGGCAGAUCCUCUUCUUUCUCACAUGCUUCUCUCCAUCCUUUGUUCAUCCUUUGGAACCAAGCACCUACCGUUGCUCCAAUGUUUCCAUUCCAUAUCCUUUUGGCGUUGCUGGUAAGAGCCCCUUCCUGUCCCGAAGAUUUAAAGUUUUGUGUGGAUCCAGUGGUCCGUUGCUGCCCAUUGGAAAUAGCGUGCUUGGGAUUCUUGACAUCUCACUGCUUGAUGGUCUUGUGAGCAUAUUGGCUAGUGCCAAUUUUCAGCAGUGCAAAGGGAAGAACUCUGGCGUUAACCUUGAGGGGACCAUCUUCACAUUCUCAGACACAAGAAACAAGUUCACAGCUCUGGGUUGUAACAUGGUGGCCAUGCUGUUGAAUGGUAGUACGGGGUAUAGCGGUGGCUGUGCUUCCUUUUGCUCUAGUAAAAAUAACAUCAUCAAUGGCUCAUGCUCUGGUGUGGCUUGCUGCCAAGCACCGGUUCCCAAAGGGUUAAAGAAGCUGGAGUUAGAGUUCAGUAAUAUAACCAACAAGGGCAGCGAUUUUUCGCUAUGUGGUGAGGCCUUCAUUGUGGAGCAGAACUCAUAUGUGUUUUCAAGUCUUGAUUUGAACAACACAAAUAACACAAGACCUCAAUACCGACCUGUUGUGCUCGAGUGGUCUAUAAAUGGUAGCAGCUGUGAAGAGGCAAAACUGUCCAGAUCAUAUGCCUGCCGAGAGAAUAACUACUGCUACAACUCAUCAAACGGAAUUGGUUACCGCUGCAAUUGCUCCCAUGGAUUUGAGGGGAACCCAUACCUGCAAGGGCCUGAUGGAUGCCAAGAUAUCAAUGAAUGCACCUCCAGAAAUCCGUGCACCAAUAAGUGUGUCAACACAAAAGGUGGUUUCCAGUGCAUGUGCCCAGCAGGGAUGAGCGGCGAUGGCUUGAAGGAAGGAAGUGGUUGCAAUGGAGUAGGCACAUUAGUGAUUGCAAUAGUUGCAGGAUUAUCUCUGCUAGUGCUUCUCCUCAUCCUUGGCUUCUGGACUCAUUGGCUUGUUAAGAAGAGGAAACUUGCCAAGACAAGACAGAGAUACUUUAUGCAAAAUGGUGGCUUGUUGCUGAAGCAGCAGAUGUUUUCUGAGAGGGCACCACUGCAUAUAUUCACCUCCAGUGAGCUUGACAAAGCUACCAGCAACUUCAGUGAUGACAAUAUUGUUGGUAGAGGGGGAUUUGGGACUGUGUACAAAGGCAUAUUAUCCAAUCAAGUGGUUGUGGCAAUCAAGAAGGCACAGCGAGUUGAUCAAACCCAGACGGAACAGUUCGUCAAUGAGCUGAUCAUUCUUUCACAAGCGAGCCACAAAAAUGUGGUCCAGCUAUUAGGAUGUUGUCUUGAGACUGAAGUUCCCUUAUUGGUUUAUGAAUUCAUUACCAACGGGGCCCUUUUUCAUCAUCUUCACAAUACAUCGGUCCCGAUGUCAUGGGAGAGCCGUCUAAGCAUCGCAGUUGAAACUGCAUCGGCACUUGCAUACUUACACUUAGCUACAAAGAUGCCAAUAAUUCACAGAGAUGUCAAGUCGUCGAACAUACUUCUUGAUGAGAACUUCACCGCAAAGGUGUCCGAUUUUGGUGCCUCAAGGCCAAUACCGUACAAUCAGACCCAUGUGACAACAUUAGUGCAAGGGACACUAGGGUACAUGGACCCUGAGUACUUCCAGACAAGCCAAUUGACUGAGAAGAGUGAUGUGUACAGCUUUGGUGUGGUACUCAUCGAGCUAUUGACAAGGAAGAAGCCUAUUAUGGAUGGUAUGACGGAAGAUGUUAGAAGCCUAGCACUGCAAUUUAGUAUGUUAUUCCAUGAAAAUAAGUUGUUGGAAAUUGUUGAUCCUGUAGUAGCUGAAGAAGCUGGAAUCAGACAUGUUGAAACGGUUUCAAAGUUGGCGUUACGAUGCUUAAGGUUGAAAGGAGAAGAACGGCCAAGAAUGAUAGACGUUGCAAUUGAACUUGAAGCCCUGAGAAGGCUGAUGAAACAAUACUUUAUCCUGAAGAACGAGUCUAUGCUUCAGGAGUCAUGUUGCCAUGAAGAAAUGAGCAUUGACGCACCAUCAAGUUUGUGCCUUGGCAUUGCUGGCGAUGGAAGCAUGGAGAUCAUUCCACUUCCAUGUCCACCCAAAAGUACCGCAUCCUAUCCCUAA